UGCUAACCCUUAAGCCUACCCUGCCUCUUGCAAAGAUGAAGGUUGUAAGAGGGCUGAUCCCUUUAGCUCUUUUCAUUUCUUCAUGCUUGGCAGAAUGGAAUUCAACCGAGGCUGAAGGCAGAUCAAGCUGCACUGCCAGCCUGGGAGGUGCCAAUCUGGCAGAGACCCACAAAGCCCUCAUCCUGAAACUCAAUCCCAACGAGAACUGCACGUGGACAAUAGAUAGACCAGAAAAUAAAAGCAUCAGAAUCAUCUUUUCCUACAUCCAGCUUGAUCUAGAUGGAAGCUGUGACAGUGAAAACAUUAAAGUCUUUGAUGGAACCUCUACCAGUGGGCCUCUGCUAGGAAAAGUCUGCAGUGAAAAUGACUACGUUCCUGUCUUUGAAUCAAUAUCCAAUUCGUUGACAUUUCAAAUAGUUACCGACACUGCAAUAAUUCAAAGAACUGUCUUUGUCUUCUACUAUUAUUUCUCUUCUGACACCUCCAUUCCCAAUUGUGGUGGUUACCUGGACACUUGGGAAGGAUCCUUCACCAGCCCGAAUUACCCAAAGCCACAUCCUGAGCUGGCUUAUUGUGUUUGGCACAUACAAGUGGAGAAAGGUUAUAAGAUAAAGUUAAACUUCAAAGAGAUUUUCCUGGAAAUAGAUGACCACUGCAGAUUUGAUUUCAUCGCUGUCUAUGAUGGCUCCUCCACCAACUCUGGCCUGAUUGGAAAGGUCUGUGGCCGUGUGACACCCACCUUCGAAUCUUCAUCAGACGCUUUGACUGUCGUGUUAUCUACAGAUUAUGCCAAUUCUUAUCGGGGCUUUUCUGCUUCUUACACAUCAAUUUAUGCAGAAAAUGUCAACACCACAUCUUUAACUUGCUCUUCUGACAAGAUGAGAAUUAUUAUAAAUAAAUCUUACAUAGAGUCAUUAAACUAUAAUGAGAAUAAUUUACAAUUAAAUGAUCCCACUUGCAGACCAAAAGUAACGAAUGUUGUGGAGUUUUCUUUUCCUCUGGACCAAUGUGGAACAAUAAAAAAGGUAGAAGAUUAUUUAAUUACUUACACCAAUAUAAUCACUUUUACUGAGUCCCAAACUUCUGAAGUGAUCACACGACAGAAACAUCUCCAGAUUAUUGUGAAGUGUGAAAUGGAAUAUAAUUCUACAGUGGAGAUAAUGUACAUCACAGAGGAUGACGUAAUACAGAAUCAAAGUGCACUGGGCAAAUACAACACGAGCAUGGCUCUUUUUGAAUCCAGUUCAUUUGAAAAGCCUAUACUUGAGUCUCCAUAUUAUGUGGAUUUGAACCAAAUUCUUUUUGUUCAAGUCAGUCUGCACACCUCUGAUCCAAAUUUGGUGGUGUUUCUUGAUACUUGUAUAGCUUCAUCCACAUCUGACUUUGCAUCGCCAACCUAUGACUUAAUCAAGAGUGGAUGUAGCAAAGAUGAGACUUGUAAGCUGUAUCCCUUGUCUGGACACUAUGGAAGAUUUCAGUUUAAUGCCUUUAAAUUCUUGAGACAUCUGAGCUCUGUGUAUCUGAAGUGUAGGGUUCUGGUAUGUGACAGUAACGAUCAUCAGUCUCGUUGCAAUCAAGGCUGCACCUCUAGAAAGAAACGAGACAUCUCUUCAUACAAGUGGAAGUCUGAUUCCGUGAUAGGACCCAUUCGUCUGAACAAGGAUCGAAGUGCAAGUGGAAAUUCAGCAAUUGAGCAUCCAUCGCGUAUGGAAGAAACUCAGAAGCAGCCCUUCAGCAGUCUGCAUCUCUUUUCAGUCAUGGUCCUUGCUAUGAAUGUAGUGAUUGUGGCCACAAUCGUAGCAAGGCAUUUUGUGAAUCAACGAUCAGACUACAAAUACCAGAAGCUGCAGGACUAUUAAGUAACAGGUUUAGCCCUCUUGGCUGUCAAAGGAAAUAGUGCCUCAUGGCCAUACAUAUGAAUAAAUUAGGAAAGGCCUAAAAAAGUGACACAUGGGCCUUCAUGUCA